ACGACGGUUGCGUUGCUAUUGUGUACUGCCUACUGUUUUGAUCAGCUACCAACCAAGUUAUUGUACUGCAGAAAUUCAACGAAAACAUCAUGCCGCUGGGAACGAACAUUAACCAACACUUCAAAAAGAACUUAUUUACAUACAGCGAGGCAAGGGUACCAGUUUAUUCACGGAUGCACCCUAUGAUUCCUAAAGGUUAUACUAUGGAAUGGAAAACAGACAUGAAAAACAGAGAGCUAAUUAUAAAGAAUGCAAAAGCGGGCGGAGUCCCCCACUAUGAGCAUGACGAAAGGCUAUUUUUGGAAAAACGUGAACAGAUGUACUACAACGUGGAAUCCCGCAACCGAGUGGAGAGCAAGUACCCACCGCCCAUCGAUCGCUGCAAGCUCCUCCGACCCGACUUCGAGCACCAGACGUCGAAAUACCAGAGUGAAUUAAUGCAGAGAACAUGCCAACCAUUCAAAUGACGGACUGGCAGAAACGUCACAUGACAGAUUAAUAAACAUUUCACGGCAGUAUUAUUAGUAAACCAUUUAGCAUGAAAUACAAGAUUGCCUGUGUACGGCGACGGGUUUAUGUAGUUUGUAUUUUUUAACAGCCGGGUCACGCAGUAGUUGAUUGUUUAAAGGCAGAGUCACAACGACUCCGUGACUUGAAAUAUACACAAUGGGUACGUUUCUGUAAAUAGUUGGUAUUUGGCCUAAAAUUUGUGUUUCCGAGAACGUGCCAAUAUAUUUUAGGUAGAUAGUCGGCUUUUUAAUUAGUAUUAUAUACAUAAUUUUUUUUUAACUACCAUUAGCCCUACAAUUGAAAACAAAUACUUUGAACAUUUUUAGGGUCGCUCCCCACUUUUGUUUUAGGUAGGAUCAGGUUCACAGAAACUCACAAUUAGUUUUAGUCCUGACCUAGUCCACGUAAAGUUUUGUAAACCAUGGAUCAAUUUUUAUUUGUAAAUUAAAUACAUUGGCGUAGCCAGGAUUUCAUACUGAGGGCCACCCACAUGUGGGGUGGGGAGGCAACCACACUGUAUAUUAGUCGUGUUUAAUAUGGGGCGAAAAAAAUUGUAAAAGGUGGUGGACUAAAAAAAGAAAAGAAGAACAAAAAGAUAUAUGAUUUAGAAGCAUCCUCCCCCCACCUCUGUCGGUGAAUAAACAUGCAUAUGUAUUUUUAAUAAGUAAGCUGCAAACCAUAAAAAAGCAAAUCAAUAAUACAAACCGAAUCCGAAAUGUUCGUCAAAUACAUCACGGUAAAAAUUAAAAGAAAGCGGGGUGGGUGUGGGGUUCCGAUCAUUUAGAGUGGGUGGCUGGCUUUAAGUGUUAUAAAACGUUAUAUGGGAAGAGGAAGAUAAAACAAGACGAUCCCAAUUUCACAGAACACCGUAAGCCUAGUUUUACACGUAAACGUAAAUCUACGACUAAACCACAAUUAAUUUUUAUUACUAUUAUAGUACAACAAAUAUAGUUAAAAGUACACGUAUGCCAUUUUCUUUUGUCCUUAAAAUGCUUAUCUUUGUAUUGAUGAAAAUUUCUUCGUGAAAUAGAUGCCGAAGACUUGUAAAUGUAUGCCCGGUAUAACUGCUAGUCGCAGACGUAAACUUACGAUGUUUUGUGAAAUAGGCGCCAUAUUUUGUGUUAAGAAAUCGUUGAACAACUGCCGCGUGACCCUACAUUUACAAAACGUAAUGUUAUUUUGAAAUCUACAGUCAUUCUUAAAAUACAUUACAUCAUGUUUUUAUGUGUUAAUCUGAAUUUUUUGAAGAACCUUUUUUGGUUAAUUUGUUUGUAUAUAGUACAAUAAAUAUUUCACUUAUUUGUAGUAUUAGCGACAUGGUGAUUAACUUAUUAUCUUAGGCCUACUUAUCAUUGGUAUUAGAGAUGUAAAUAAUCAUGACGGCUAUUCUAGAAACAAUCACAUUGGGUGGAGGCAAUUAUUUUUAUAGUUGUUGUUCUUGUUGUAUAUAUAUACCCGCUACUCAUAAAAUAAAAUGUUAUUUAAUCCAUGUAUGUAUAGGCCGGGAACAUGAUGUGGCAGUUGUGACAUAAAUGUAAGGGUGCCUCACACCUCCCCAUGUAAUCAUUUCACGAAUAGCCGUAAGAUAAUGAUAUUACAUUGCGAUAAACACAUUUUACACACAUUAAAGAAAACAAAAAUAUAAAGAAAUCUGUGGUUGUGAAUAGUCCGUUAUAUGCUUCCGUUUUCCGCGUUCAUUCUGUGCCAGCGCUGCGUCAAAAUAAAAAGGAAAAAAGAAAGGAAAAAAAAAAGGAAGGAAGAAAGCUGCGCUCAUGGAGAACGACACAUAUAUGUAAUCAUGCAAAUAUCUGACCCAGGUCAAGCCCUGUCUGUACCAUUAGUGAUUAAUGAUAAACAUAACAUUUUACAUACCUGUACGUACAAUAAUGUUGUGUUGUUUUUUCUUGCCAACGAUUACAGUAUUAUUAACAUUGGUAUUCAGAUACUUGUGUUAUAUUUUAUAAUUAAUUGUUUCUAGUUAAUGUUGAAGCAACGACAGUAUUAUUCAUCUGUUGUCUGUUUUGCUUGGCUGCUUCACUAUAAAUACUGGUGUUAUAAGAAUUAAAUCAUUUUAAAUUUA